AUGGAAGAAGAUCAAGAAUCAGCCAAGAUCUUCGACUGGAACAAACUCGAUUGGGGUAAAAAAAUAGCUUUUGGUAGUUACGGUGCUGUGUUUAAAGGUCAAUAUGAAGGACAGAACGUAGCUGUUAAAGUCAUGGAUUUCGGAGAAGACAGCGCAGCUGUGGCGGAGGCGUUCUCGCGAGAAGUUUCAACUUGGACUCAACUCCAUCAUCCUAACGUUGCUAAGUUCAUUGUCUCAAGAGAUUUCAUAUCAAAUAAAGAUGUAAUCCCUCGACCUAAGAAGCUCAAAAGUGCGUGUUGCGUCGUCAGCGAGUAUCUUGAAGGUGGUACAUUGGCAUCAUAUCUCAAGAAUCACAAAAACCUAGCCUUAACUCACAAAAUCCAACUUGCUCUUGAUGUUGCCAGAGGGCUGUCUUACUUGCACUCUAAAAGGAUCGUUCAUCGAGAUGUUAAGCUUGAAAAUCUGUUGCUCGAUGGUGAAAAGAGAGUGAAGAUUAUUGAUUUUGGGAUUUCAAGACCCGAAGCUUCUAAUCCAGCUGAAAUGACUGCGAAUAUGGGCACCAAAGGUUACAUGGCUCCGGAGGUUCUCGGCUGUUGCCCAUAUGACCAUAAAUGUGAUGUGUUCAGUUUUGGCAUCUGCCUUUGGGAAAUCUACUAUCAAAAGAGGGUGGAAACUCAACUGAGUUAUACUCCGUUGAUCCGCGAUGAUUGCCCGAUUGGUCUAGCCAGGCUGAUGAAGAAUUGCUGGGAUGAUCCUCAUAGAAGACCCGAGAUGGAAACGGUGGUGACGGAUUUGGAAGAGCUGUUGGGGAAAGCAGAAGAAGAUAUGAAGGGUUCAAAAAGAUCAAUUGCUCAACGUAUUGGGUGUUUCGGCUUCCUCAAAAGAUGAGAAC